GAACUGAUUUAUUAAAAUGUAACAAAAAGGAAAGUGUAACCAAUAGAAUCCCUUUUGUGACGACCUAUGACUGCCAUUCGAAGGAGGUACGGAGGGUCAUUAGAAAAUAUUGGCCAAUUGUAAUGAAUGACCCAGGCACCUCAAAGGUGUUCACUGAUUAUCCUCUAUUUGCAUAUAGACGGGGGAAAAAUUUGGGUGACCAAUUGGUACACAGUGAUAUGAACCCUAAUCACUCAAAGACCACCCAAAGAUUCUUGGGCAAACCAUUAAUGGGAACGUUUCCAUGUCUCUCUUGCCAAAAUUGCAAUGCCAUUAUAAAAGGGGCUGCUGUUUCACAUCCCACCUCAGGGAUACAGAUUAAAAUCAGAGGAUACCACACUUGUAUGUCCACCAAUGUCAUUUACCUAUUGAAGUGCCCGUGUGGGUUAGCCUACGUGGGCAAAACUAAUAGGAUGGUAAGAGUACGAAUCAAUGAACAUAGGAGUGCUAUACGGAAUGUUAAUGUCAAACCCACAUCUGUUAGUCGACAUUGGGCCGAAUGUAACCACACCAUCUCACAGUUGCGAUGGAUGGUGUUAGAAGAGAUAGCAACUAAAUCGGGUAACACAGACCAGAAACUCCUUCAGAGGGAAACGUAUUGGAUCUGGAAGUUAAAUACAUUGGCACCUAGGGGCCUUAAUGAAGCAAUGAAUUAUACGUGUUUUUUAUGAAUUGUGUUGCUUAAUAUGUGCCCUCCGUUUCUUACAGUGAUGGAGAAGGUGAACAUGAAUUGAAAAAUAUAGCAUAGAAUCAUCUCCUUUUCCACAGAAUCAUCUAUAAGAAACAAGAGGUUGUCUCCAAAGGAGCUUACUGUGAUAACAAGACUGCUUUAAGUUUUCUAGGGCCAAAAUGAAAUUAAGCGAAAGUCGCCGGGAGGUGUUGGAAGAACUACAAACAACUGUAGCUGCUCCUGCAUUACCAAACAAUGCCACUGAAACCAUCACACCUGGAGGAGGCAAAGAUAAUCACUUUUCUAAGCUGCGAGAAAAGUUCAUGAAUGAACUGAAUAAAAUUCCAUUGCCACCAUGGGCCUUAAUAGCAAUAGCCAUAGUCGCAGUACUUCUCAUACUUACCUGCUGCUUUUGUGUCUGCAAGAAGUGUUUACUCAAAAAGAAAAACAAGAAGAAGGGCAAAGAAAAGGGAGGAAAAAAUGCUAUGAAUAUGAAAGAUGUAAAAGAUUUAGGAAAAUCAACGAAAGACCAGGCCUUAAAGGAUGAUGAUGAUGAUGACGACGAUGCAGAAACUGGUUUGACUGAUGGAGAAGACAAAGAGCAACCCAAAGAAGUGGAAAAGCUAGGGAAGCUUCAGUAUUCAUUGGAUUAUGAUUUCCAAAACAAUCAGCUGAUGGUCGGCAUAAUUCAAGCUGCUGAGCUUCCUGCACUAGAUAUGGGAGGUACUUCAGAUCCAUAUGUAAAAUUGUACCUUAUGCCAGAUAAAAAGAAGAAGUAUGAAACAAAAGUCCACAGAAAAACCCUUAAUCCUGUCUUCAAUGAACAGUUCACUUUCAAGGUGCCCUAUGCUGAACUGGGAGGAAAAACAUUGAUAUUGACAGUGUACGACUUUGAUCGUUUCUCCAAGCAUGACGUUAUUGGGGAUGUAAAAGUUCAAAUGAACACUGUCGAUUUUGGUCAUGUGACUGAAGAAUGGCGGGACUUAGUUAGUGCUGAAAAAGAAGAGCAAGAGAAACUGGGUGACAUCUGCUUUUCCCUCCGCUACGUACCUACGGCUGGCAAGCUAACAGUUGUUAUUCUCGAGGCAAAGAACCUAAAGAAGAUGGAUGUUGGUGGUUUAUCAGAUCCUUAUGUGAAAAUUCACCUAAUGCAGAAUGGCAAGAGACUGAAGAAAAAGAAGACAACAAUCAAAAAGAAUACCCUCAAUCCAUACUACAAUGAAUCAUUUAGCUUUGAAGUACCAUUUGAACAAAUACAGAAAGUCCAAGUUGUCGUUACUGUUUUGGACUAUGACAAGAUUGGAAAAAAUGAUGCUAUUGGUAAAGUGUUUGUGGGCUACAAUAGCACAGGUGCAGAGCUCCGACACUGGUCAGAUAUGCUGGCCAAUCCAAGGCGACCAAUUGCACAGUGGCAUACCUUACAACUGGAAGAGGAAGUGGACGCAAUGCUUGCAGUCAAGAAGUGAAGAACGAAACAGUCCUUUCUGCAGUUGCCCACAUAGUGCUCUUUAGCCAGUAUAUGUAAAUACCUCAGUAGUAUGGGUCGUCUCAUGUCUUACCAUGCAUUCCUUUUCCAGAUCAGACAUAUCUAGCCAUUUUUAUUUGCACAAAUUGAAAUGUCCUUACUUCCCUCAAGAACGACAUAUGUGUUUCACAAAAGCCCUCUUAAUCUUCUUUUAAGCAAUAUUAUGUGUAGAUAGAGCAUGACUCAAUUUAUUAUCACACUCUUGUAUAUACCAGUAUGCCAACAUUUAUUUAUAGUCUGUGUAUUUGUAUGUUGUAAACGUUUCUUAAUAUGUGUAUACUUAGAUGUUUUUAAUAAGAUGUUCUAUUUUAAAUUAUGUAAAUUGACUAAAUAGAAAAGAGUUAAUAAUAUAUUACAGGUUAUCUAUUGUAUCGUCCGCAUUCCAGAAGAAAUUCCAACUUGUAAGGCACUAGUAAAGUUGCACUGACAUCUUAAAGGACAACUUAAAUCUGAGCUCCACCAGGUACAUUCGAUUUGUAGAGACGCAUACAUUCCUCAUUAUGAGUAAAUUGGUUCCCAUUUGUAGAGUUCUGUCAGAAGCAACCAAUCAGAUGAGAGCAGCUCUAUCCGUAGCGGGCCCUCAGUUCAACAUAGUCACUAGUUGCCAAGUAUAUGGCAUAUGUAUAUAAGUGUUAUCUUAAAUGCUCAAAUAUGUAUUUUUAGAGUUGACAAAGAGAGGGGUAGUAAAGGGGAAUAAACCUUUAAUAAUAUACAUAAAACAUAGAAUGGGAGACAGGGGUUUCCAGCUUUUCUCUCUAUGUCGCAUGUAAGAAAACCGUCACCUUUCAUUACACAGUCAUCUCUGUAAAUUUUAGCUUUCAGUAUAAUGUCUGUCUUGUGAUUUGUCUGUGUAAUUCCACAUGUUUUAUGUAUGUGGGUAUGUUGUACUUUGGGGUACAAAAUACAAACUGUGCGGCAUACUGAGCUAGCAAGACAUUGUGCAAUUCUCACACACAUACCAUUUUCAUAGUUGACAAACAGUAUUGUGACCCAAUAUAUAAAGACUAAACUGACUUAGCCAUAAUUCUGAAUGCACUUCAAGUAAAGCCAAAACAGCUAGUGAACUUUUUUUAUAUACUAUUUGUAUAAAGAGUUUUAAUUUGUCCUUUAAAAAUGGUAUAAACAAAGAACAAGUGCUAGCAUACUGGAGCACCCUCUUGUGUAUACUAGAUGCUUAUUUCAGGAGGAGUUUUUAAAUGUUUUCAAUGCUAUUAUGUAGUAAAUGGCACUAUUAUAAAGCUAUUUGUCAUUCCAUAAGGCUCUUCAUCCAUUGGGCGCCAGAGUGAGAUCCAGCCAAGUGAACCCCCAUAGGAACUGGAUACCAUCAUGGCAUCCAAUGGAUUUAAGAACUGCUCUGUGUAUCACUGUGACUGCCGUGUGUGUUUAGAUAAAACGUAGUUCUCUCAGUGAAUAGCAAUCAAUUCUUUAGUGAUAUUGUACUGAUAUACUGCCAUCUCUUUCUACUGCACUGCUGAAGGAGAGCAUAGCACAAAUAGGUUACUAUGGACCAAUUUGAAUCUGGGAGCUAUGCUGGAACUUGGA